AUGAAGUUUAGAACCGCGUUCGUCGCGAGGAGCUCUAGAGUUUUUGGUCGGGGUGAGCUUGUUAGAGAUCCGAGAGAGAUUGCUAUGAAGUAUUUGAAGAGUGAUUUUAUUGUCGAUGUUGCCGCCAUGCUUCCUCUUCCUCAGCUUGUAAUUUGGCUAGUAAUUCCAGCCGCAACCAACGGUACUGCUAACCAUGCCAAUAGCACUCUCGCCCUUAUCGUUCUCGUUCAAUACAUUCCAAGAUCAUUCAUCAUAUUCCCACUUAACCAAAGGAUUAUAAAAACAACCGGGUUCAUCGCCAAGACUGCUUGGGCAGGAGCUGCAUACAACCUCCUCCUCUACAUCCUUGCUAGUCACGUGUUGGGAGCAAUGUGGUAUCUAUCAUCAAUUGGGCGGCAGUUCUCAUGCUGGUCCAAAGUAUGCGAGAAAGAUCACGCCCUCAGGGUUUUGGACUGUCUUCCUAGCUUCUUGGACUGCAAGAGUCUACAGCAACCUGAGCGACAGUAUUGGCAGAACGUUACUCAGGUUCUUUCUCAUUGUGAUGCUACAAGCAGCACUACAAAUUUCAAGUUUGGCAUGUUUGCUGAAGCCUUCACCACUCAAGUCGCUACUACGGAUUUUGUGUCCAAGUACUUAUAUUGUCUUUGGUGGGGUUUAAGAAAUCUAAGUUCUUAUGGUCAGAAUAUAACCACAAGUGUAUAUCUUGGAGAGACCUUGUUCUGUAUUACAAUUUGUAUUUUUGGGUUGAUUCUAUUCACACUACUGAUUGGUAACAUGCAAUCAUCAUUACAAUCGAUGUCCGUAAGAGUUGAGGAAUGGAGAGUUAAGAGACGAGACACUGAAGAAUGGAUGAGACAUCGUCAACUACCUCCAGAGCUUCAAGAACGUGUCCGUAGAUUCGUUCAGUACAAAUGGCUUGCAACCAGAGGUGUAGAUGAAGAGUCAAUUCUCCAAUCUUUACCUACUGACUUACGCCGUGAGAUCCAACGUCAUCUCUGUCUUGCUCUUGUCCGACGAGUCCCUUUCUUUUCUCAAAUGGAUGACCAACUUCUUGACGCUAUAUGUGGAUGUCUUGUCUCAUCUUUAAGCACGGCAGGGACAUAUAUAUUCCGUGAAGGUGAUCCUGUUGAUGAGAUGCUCUUUGUGAUUAGAGGGCAGAUAGAGAGCUCAACAACAAACGGAGGAAGAUCUGGUUUCUUUAACUCCACCACUCUAAGACCUGGUGAUUUUUGUGGAGAAGAGCUUCUUACAUGGGCCUUAAUGCCAAACUCUACACUCAACUUUCCUUCUUCAACCCGAAGCGUCCGUGCGCUAUCUGAAGUUGAAGCAUUUGCAUUAAGCGCAGAGGAUCUUAAGUUUGUUGCUCAUCAGUUCAAACGUCUUCAAAGCAAAAAGUUACAACACGCUUUCAGGUACUACUCACAUCAGUGGCGAGCAUGGGGAACGUGUUUUGUGCAAUCUGCAUGGAGAAGGUACAAGCGAAGAAAGCUCGCGAAAGAGCUCAGCUUGCACGAGAGUAGUGGAUACUAUUACAGAGAUGAAACAGGCUACAACGAAGAAGAAAACUACUAUGGAAGCGACGACGAUGAUUUCGAAGGCGAGAGAUUAUCAAUUGACAACACAAACAACAGCCAAAACCUUGGAGCAACAAUGUUGGCUUCUAAGUUUGCAGCAAACACGAGAAGAGGCACUAAUCAAAAGGCUUCAAGUAGUAGUGGUACUGGUAAGAAAGAUGGAUCUUCUAAUAGUUUGAAAAUGCCUCAACUAUUCAAACCAGAUGAGCCUGAUUUCUCAAUGGAUAAAGAAGAUGUUUAA